AUGUUAUACAUAAUAGUUUUUGGUUUGUUGGCUUUAGCCACAUCACAUUCAAUAGUUCAGUCUUCUGAUUUUAAUCGAAAGUUAGUGAAAUUCAUUAAAAAUGUCCAAAGUGAUAGAAAAUCUGAAACUCUUCUUAUUCUAAUGGAAAGCUCAGAUCAUAACGCGAUAAAUGAGAAUUUCAUCAAGGAACUACUAAAACCCAACUUUACAGUUCCAUUGGUCAUAUCGAGUGGCAUCGAUUCGUUUUCAUUGAACAGAAAGUUCACCGGGAACUUUCUAGCAGUCGUUCAACUUGAUUCUGGGGCAAAACUAUUGCAAGAAAUAUUGGUUUACCUUCAAAAGAGGCGUUCUUCUAGAAUUAUUUUGAUUUCAAGAACCGAUUCCUUUGACGAAGAUCUAUUGAAGGAAAUCUUUCAAUUCUGUUUUCAAAAUGACAUGAUAAAUGUGAUUGUGGUUUUUCGGGAUUUUUCAACUUCUUCAAUCUUCUACCGAUUUACUAAUUUUCCUGAAUUUAAAAUCGAGGAAAUUGUAUGGACAGAUGAUGACGAAGACAUGAGAGAUUCAUUCUUUCCAGAACGUAUGCGAGAUCUUAAAAGUUCUAUUCUGCCAGUGUUGUUAGCAGGACCUGAACCAUGUUUGAUAGUUUCUCAAAACGAACAAGGACAAACAAAAAUAGGCGGUUACUUUGGCCAUGUUUUCAAUGCUUUUGCUAAAAAACACAACGCUAUAUUAAAUACCAGCUUAAUAAACUUAAAACUUUCGUCAAACCAAAUUAUUGAUUUAGUAGUCAAUAAGACCAUUGAAAUAUCAGCCUCAGCAACAUUUCCAAAUAUUAUUAAGCCAAUGGAUUUCUUCACAUAUCCUUGCGACUAUAUUGAUUGGUGUGUUAUGAUUCCGAUCGAAGCGAGUAUUCCGGUCUAUAAAAUUUUUACAUUUGUGUGGAAGUGGAAAGCUCUAUGCAUCACUCUCAUCGAAGUUCUAGUUCUGUCAGUUAUGCUUCACGUAGCUGCCCAUCUAUCAGAGAAAAAAUCAUCUUUACUGAACAGCCUAUUCAACGACAGCUUACGUGGACUACUUGGACAAUCGUUUAUUGAAAGAAAAAACACUUCAUACACGACAAAGAUUCUAUAUUCGGUGAUUUUCAUAUCCGGAAUUAUGUUCGUAACCUCGUACGAUGCCUUUCUUCAGACCUUUAUGACAAGUCAGCCGACAAAAAAUAAACUUGAAACCUUUGAUGAUCUCUUGGCUUCGAAUUUAAAAGUCCUCGGUCUUAAAAUUGAAAUUGAGUUGCUUUUCGAACAUAACCCAAUUUUCAAAACCAAAUAUUUCAACAUGUUCGUUUUGGAAAGUGACUUAAGUACUUUUGUUAAAAUUCGAGACACUUUCAACACAAGCUUUGCCUAUGCGGUCAAUAAUGUGAAAUGGAAAAUUUAUCAAAAUCAGCAAAAGCUUUUCACUAAACCAUUGUUUCGUUUGCCGAAGCAAAUGUGUCUUAUGACGAAUUUUCAAUGGGCGUUUCCCAUUAACGAAAACUCAAUCUAUAAAGAGAUUUUGAAUGCAUUUCUUUUGGAAACACAAUUAUCUGGAUUGUUAGAGUUCUGGAAGCAGAGGAGUUUUUAUGAAUUGAAAGAAAUCGAAGACUACGAUCUCUCGGCAAUUGUAUUGGAAGACCUUCAAAAGAAUGUUGUACGAUAG